AUGCAGGCCCCGAGACUCAACAAGUCCUGCGACCAGUGCCGGAACCGGAAGGUCCGCUGUAUAGUCUCGCCCACCCCUGGAGCUGCGUGCACCCGCUGCAUAAAACGCAAUGAGGUGUGCCAGUUUAGUAAUCUAAAGCGCCGAAUCCGCGUGAAGGAUCCAACGCCCAAAGAGGGAUCUGGCGCAGAGUACAGGCCGUCAUCAGAUCUAUUCAUUGAUCGGUUGGUUCGAAAUCCGUCAGAGAGUGCAGUUUUCUAUGAUGAGUUCUCCAUUCUCAAGGUCCACGAUGAUCGAGUGCCCAGCUCUGGCCUUGCCUUCUUUUCUGAGAAGCGAGUUGACUCGUUGGUGAAGCGACUCGGUCACACCCAGGUCAGGGACCUGAUCCAGCAGAUUGACAAAUCAAUCAGAACGCGGUUACUUUCAAGACCUGGCAAGGACAUCUCGCUAUAUAGUCUGGCCAGCGUUCAACCAGAAUUAGUGAUCUAUCCAGAGGCUGCAUCGCAUAUACAACGCUACUUUGAGGUCCUGCAUCCGAUAUACCCGUUUCUUGAUCGGCAGUCAUUUGAAGCGAAAGCUUCAAGUGCAAACCUGCUUCAGGUGCUAGAAGAAGACUACGCGUUUUGUGCACUAUACUACGCAGUGAUGGCCCUCGGCUGCCAAUAUAAUGGAUAUAGCUCGUUUAUCCCCGAAGAUAGCCACGCGUGGAAACUCUUUCAAACUGCUCUUACCCGGUUAGACCGUAUUUUGAUGACAGCAGAGUCACUGCCCAAUCUUCAAGUGAGUUAG